AUGCGCCGCAAUACAGGGAUCGGUGGCGAGUUAGCCCUCUGCUCAGAGAAACCCGAGAACCAGUACACUGAGAUCCAAGACUUUCAUAAGUCUUUUCUCAGGGAUCAUUUCCAUUUCGUUGCGUCGCCCAUUGACCCUCCGGCAGAAGUAGGACCUCCCAUCGGCGGCAUCCAGUACUUUGUUGCAUAUCCCAAGUAUACUUUCACGAUGGGGAGUUUGGAUCUCUUGGCCACGACAGGCAAAGUCGUCUCUGAGGGACCGUUUGCCAGCACCGAAAUUACAAAACUCGACGAUUCAAGCUAUGCUAUUACUACGCCCUGGCUUAAGGAGCGUUGCCCCCAUCACCUUGCCCAGCAGCCUCCCAUGCGGGCCACCGUCACAGUUUGCCCAAACCUCGACGUUUUCAACUGGAAAGUAUUCAAACAUGCGCACGACGCCCUAUGGGCCAUCAUCGAGUCAACCAUCAUGCCAUACGGGCUUUACAUCCACAAUCAGGGGCUGUACAUCCAGCCCAAUGAUCUCUGCAUCGACUACGACGCCGCCGAGAACUUCGAAGAGAGAUCCGAGACCAGUUUCUUCCUGACGUCUGACCCAGACGAGAUGCUCCUCUUCCUUGGUUUCCCAGCAAAUCCAUUCUGGGAGGAACAGUUCCAAACCGUCCACGAAAUGUACACGUACGUGGCGGACUGUCCCAUGUUUUGCUCUCAGCCAGACUACCCCAAGUGGCCGGCCAUGAACCCUCACCAGGAAGAGGCUGCAAAGAAGCUCGACAAAUUGCUAUUCCAGCCCUCCGCACUAAACCACUUCCUCAUGGUCUUCAAGCCCUACUGUCUAGCGAGGGGCUACUACAUCAAGCCGCGUACAUCUCCCAGCCGGGUCUUCGAGCACGCAGUGAACUUCUUCCACAUGCACGCGGAAGUAUAUCUUCGCUCCACGCGCAUCUCCAUUGAAGAGCAGCGGCACUACAUCUGGAUCUACAUGAUCAACAACUUUGAACAGCUGGAAGAGCCGAAGGCCAAAAUCGAAGAGAUACCCAGUACGGACUACAGACGACGCUGCUACCGCAUCCUUCUCGUCAAUGCCCUCAAAGAGAUUAUCCUCCAGGGCGAGACCAAGUACGGCAUCAAGCUGUGGAAGGGCAUUCGAGACGCAUCGGGGAACUAUCACAUGGAUGUUGUUAAGGACUACAUUAUAAAGCACCACAAGCGUAUUGGGUCCACGGCAUUCGCGUUCCACAACGACUGGUUCCUCGAAGUGCGUAAGAUGGCUCGCAAGAGAGACAGGAAGAUCGCGAGGCAGCGAAAAUCGGCCAUGGCGGCUGGUCACUAUUGGUAA